GAGGCCGGGAGGUGUGAUCAUUUCAACCCGCUCUAUAAUCUCAUAUUCAAAAACAGAAAAACGUCCGACCUUAGCUCGAUCAGUUGGUAGAGCGGACUGUAGUUGGAUUUUUCGCUGCUUCUAAUCCGGCAGCGUACGUUGUACUCACUCGCGAAAAAUAUUCAACUCCCUUGAUGGCAAAUACGUUGAGGCCUUACUUAACAUGCAUACGAAACACUCUAGAGGCUGCCCUGUGUUUGCAGAACUUCCCCUGUCAAGAAGUUGAGAGGCACAACAAACCAGAGGUUGAGCUGAAGACCAGCCCAGAACUUCUGCUAAAUCCUGUUUUGAUCUGUCGAAAUGAGGCAGAGAGAUGCUUGAUAGAAACAUCUAUUAACUCCCUCCGUAUAAGUAUCAAGGUAAAGCAGGCAGAUGAGCUAGAAAACAUACUAACUAAAAAGUUUCUUAGAUUUUUGUCAAUGAGGGCAGAAGCAUUCCAGGUAUUGAGGAGAAAGCCAGUACAGGGGUAUGAUAUUAGCUUUCUUAUCACAAACUAUCAUUGUGAGGAUAUGCAAAAGAACAAGCUCAUAGAUUUUAUUGUACAGUUCAUGGAGGAUAUUGAUAAAGAGAUAAGUGAGUUGAAGUUGUCUGUUAAUACACGGGGAAGACUUGUGGCAACAGAGUUCUUAAAGCAGUUCAUCUGAUACCCAAAAGAUCAAAUCUCAGUGUGGAUUAGCAACGGUAUUCGUCUGUUAACAGCGUCAACUAGGAAGCUGUAAAGAGGAGAUAAACAUCUCAACCCUUAAAUCUCAGGGAUUAUUUUCCCAAUUCAACAUUUUUUGAAUAUGUUGUUAUUUAUCUCAUGUUGAUGUAUUCAUGGUUUUUUUUUUUAACUUUUAUUUUGGGUAGGCUAUUCAAGUUUUAAAGUAUUGAAAUGCAAAAAGUGUUGGAAAGGAAAUUUCUAAGAGAUGUAUUGGAAUAUACUUUGGACA